AAUUCGGUGAAGAAGUUCAUCAACCCAAGAUCUUGAAUUCAGACCCAAAAAAAAAAACAGAAGCAAACAAAGUGUUUUGUACUUGGAAGAUCGAUGGAGAAGAAAGUCGGUGUCGCGAAUGACCGCACCUAUGACGAAUUCGACCCUAUAGCGCGAUGGACAUCAGAGCCCGGAUUCGAAACUCUCACGGUUUAUCUUCCGGGGUUUAGGAAAGAACAGCUUAAGGUGCAAGUAACCACGACAAGGAAGCUGAGAGUGAUGGGAGAGAGACCUGCAGGAGGCAACAAAUGGAUCCGUUUUUGGAAGGAGUUUCCGAUUCAAGCGAACCUCGACGUGGACGCAAUCUCCGCCAAGUUUGAAGACGUAAAUCUCGUCGUGAAGCUCCCGAAACCCGAGCCAAAGGGCAAGCAAUCGCCUUCUAGCGACGGAGAUGCAAAGCCUCCAGUUCACCAAGCGGGUCUCAAGCCGUCAGUACAGGAGCUACCUAAACCUGCAGAGAAGAACGAAAAGGUUCAAGAGCGGCCGGAACCUGCUAUAGAGAGUCAGAAUGUGAAAGAAUCUCCAAUGGAGGAACCGGGUCGGAAAGAAGAAACUUCUACGGGAGCAGAGAAGGUUCAUCCACCGAAACCCGCGACAGAAAAACGAUCCGAGAAGGAAGAAGCUUCAAGUGAUACCGGGAAGAUUAAGGAGAAAGACGAGGUUAAGGGUCCUCCUUGUCGCAAGGUAGGAGGAUACAAGAACGUUGUCAGCGGAUAUCUGAGAGAGAUGAGGAACAACAAGAGAGCGAUGUCGGCCGGUCUGGUCGUUAUCGCUUCAAUGGUAGUGUUUUCCCUUGGGAUCUAUGCUGGCAAAAGGCUUUAACUGUUCCUUUGGAGGCUGAAACAUGUACUAAAAUGUUCUUGUUUAUGCAUGAUGUAAACUCUAUAUAUGUUUAUAUUUCUAUGUAACAAUAAUAAAAAUAUUUGGCAAUUUCAUAUAA